GGGUUUUGAUGUUUAUCUUCGGUUUUCUUUCUAACAAGAUAUACCCUGGAGACAUCUGAAGCGAAAUUUAGUGAAUACAGGAACAAAGUAGACCAAGCAUCAUGGUGUUGACGUGCCGUUUUUAUGAGCACAAAUUCCCGGAGGUGGAGGAUGUGGUGAUGGUAAACGUACGCUCCAUCGCGGAGAUGGGAGCCUAUGUCCACCUGCUGGAAUAUAACAACAUCGAGGGUAUGAUCCUGCUGAGUGAGUUGUCAAGGCGACGUAUCCGCUCCAUCAACAAACUUAUCCGAGUGGGCAGGAAUGAGUGUGUUGUGGUCAUCAGGGUGGAUAAAGACAAAGGUUACAUUGAUCUCUCCAAAAGAAGAGUAUCUCCAGAAGAGGUGAUAAGAUGUGAGGACAAAUUUGCCAAAGCUAAAGCAGUAAACAGUAUCCUGCGUCAUGUGGCUGAAUUGAUGGACUAUUCUGGAGAGGCCCAGCUGGAAGCUCUAUACAUGAAGACAGCCUGGUACUUUGACAGGAAGUUUAACAGACCAGGGGCCUCAUUUGAAGUCUUCAAACAUGCAGUGACAAAUCCAGAAAUUUUAGAUGAAUGUGAAAUUGAUGAGGAGACCAGAAAAGUUUUGCUGCAGAACAUCAAAAGGAGAUUAACGCCGCAAGCUGUGAAAAUUAGAUCAGAUAUCGAAGUCGCUUGUUACAAUUACGAAGGAGUUGAUGCUGUGAAAAGCGCUUUGAAGAAAGGACUGGAAGUCUCCACAGAAAGUUUACCCAUAAAGAUUAACUUGAUAGCUCCUCCCCUGUAUGUGAUGACCACACAGACGUUAGAACGAGCGGAUGGAUUGGCAGCCCUCAACACAGCUAUAGAGAAAAUCAAAGAAGCUAUUGAAGGAAUGGGAGGCAUUUUCAAAAUCCAACGACCGCCGAAAGUUGUGUCUGAUCUGGAUGAGAUUGAACUGGCAAAGACCAUGGAACAGUUAGAGCUGCAAAACCGAGAGGUUGACGGUGACAAUGAUCCAGAUGAGUACGAUGAUGAAGUAGGGAUGGGAGGACCAGUGGACAUCGAGGAAGGGGAGGCUACUGAGGAGACAGCUGUAGAGGAGCAGUAAGAGUUACCCUUUCCUGAGGCCUGGUGGUGUUUGAUGAGGACGCAGGAGUUACUUCCCAUGAUACACGUGGCAUCAGUCGAAAAUGGACUGUUUUGUUUGGCGUGUGGAAUACCAGACAGAGAUUGGUAUUCAUGAAGUUGUACCUCAAGGGAUUUUCAAAUAUAACUGGGCAUCUGAACCUUCCAUGGAUGUUGACAUGGAGUCAUUUUGUUAUGCUGUUAUGGAUCCGUUGGUCAAGCACAAGAAGUGUCUUGUGAUGGGAUUGUGAUUGUCACCUCAUAUGUGCAACGCUUAAAUACGUGGAAUGAGAGACGGGGAUAGAGAAGAAAUACAUGUGUGUUUAACUGUAACAUAAUAUGUCUGAAAACUUGUUUCUUUUGGAAGACUGAACUGAUAUAUUUAUUUGUUUCGUUUACAGUGUUAGUGUGUGUCUGACAGCAGCUACUUGAACAUGAGGUAAAAUAACCUCUCUGACUACUCGUUUGAUACUUCCGUUAUGACUACACCCUGACCUCAGCUAGUGGACAUUAUCUUGCAGACUUGAUUGAUGGACAUAACUCUUGCUGACAGUGUGUGUUGUCUAAAUGGAAGCUCCAGAUGAGGAGCAAAGCAUAGAGGUUCUUAUAAUUAGGGCCCUGCAGUGAAAAUUUACUUCAAGAAGUUUUGGGGAAUGGGCUAAAAUACAAACUAUGUAAAGUUGUACAUAUACAUGUAUAUUUGUACUUUAUGUAAAACACUCCUGGACUGUUAAUGUCUAGUAUCAUGGCUUCACUAAGGAAAUAUUUCGUCUUCAUAUUCAGAUAGGUUGCUUUUUGAAAACUGGUAUCGAAUCAUAUGACCAUCUUUCAUGUGCUUUAUUUGAGGAAAAGGUGGUUAUGUAAUAAAUAUCCAUAAUGUGACAAUGUA